GUCGUAUCAGGUGACAAACAUCAAUCGUGAAGAUCGCACAGGUGUUUAACAGCGAUCACAAACCGAAAGUGUUUUAAAGACUUCUGGAUUCUGUUCCUACACAAGAUCGUCUGAACUACUGCAAACAGAGACACAUUGUCAUGUCCAGGUCAUGAUGAGCAUCUGAUGGUCUUCAGAGACACAAAGAUCUCAGUGUUGAGCUGUUCAUCUGCAGUAUGUCAGAGAAGAGAGGAAAGAUGAGUCUCUCACAGGAACAGAGUGUGAGAUCAGGCUCACAUGUGUCCAGCUCUGUGUCUGUGAAGAGUGACCGGUCAAAAGAUCAUCCACCGAGAUUCAGUGAAGAAACACCAUCAGCUGCUGAACGGCUGCACUAUGAGACAUUAGAUUCAGACUUCCAGAUUAACAGCAACCACAAGAAUUUCACAGACAAACUCCUAGGAAUCUUCCAGGAUCUUGAAAAUAAAAUGAUCAACUUCCUAAAAAAUGAGCUGGAAAUGUUUAAAAAAAUAUUACAAAAAGAGAACACACAAAACUUUGUGAAGGAUUUUAAUGAGAACAGAUGCAGUAUCAAAGAAGCAGCUCUUGAUCUCACGCUCUGCUUCCUGAGAGAGAUGAAGCAAGAUGAAGCUGCUGAUACUCUAGAAGAUGAGCUGAUCUUCAUUCAUCAGCUAAAAUGUAGCCUAAAGAAGAAGUAUCAAUGUGUGUUUGAAGGAAUUGCAAAGCAAGGUGACUCCACACUUCUGAAUAACAUCUACACAGAUCUCUAUAUCACUCAGGGUUGUAGUGAACAGGUCAAUACUGAACAUGAGGUAAGACAGAUUGAAGUUGCUUCCAGACGUCAUGAAUCGCAGGAGAGGCAGGUUGAAUGCAAAAAUUUGUUUGAAGCACCUGAACAAGACAAGCAGAUCAGAACUGUACUGACAAAAGGAGUUGCUGGCAUCGGAAAAUCAGUCUCUGUGCAGAAGUUUGUUCUGGAUUGGGCCGAAGGAAAAGAAAAUCAAGAUAUCAGCUUCAUAUUUCCUCUUCCAUUCAGAGAGAUGAACUUAAAGGAGCAAGAAAAACUAAGUUUGAUGGACCUUAUAACUCAGUUUUUCCCAGAGACAAAAGGACUGAAGUUUACAAGAAGAAAUCAAUUCAAAGUCCUGUUCAUUCUUGAUGGAUUGGAUGAAUGUCGACUUCCUGUAAACUUUAAGGAUAAUGAGACGUGGUUUGAUGUAUCAUCACCAGCCUCUCUGGAUGUUCUCCUAACGAACCUCAUCAAGGGAAAUCUGCUUCCUUCUGCUCUCAUCUGGAUCACCACCAGACCAGCAGCUGCCAGUAAGAUUCCUCCUGACUGUAUCGACCGGCUGACAGAGAUACGAGGAUUCAAUGAUGCACAAAAGGAGGAGUACUUCAGAAAAAGAAUCACGGAUGAGAAUCAGGCCAAAGAAAUCAUUGAACAUGUUAAACAAUCAAAGAGUCUCUUUAUCAUGUGCCACAUCCCAGUCUUCUGCUGGAUUUCAGCCACUGUUCUCCAGAACAUUUUAGAGGCAAAAAGAAAUAAUGUUGUGAAAAAUAAUCAGGCUGAUGAUGCCUCCAAAACACUGCAGGAGUCAAAUACUGAAGACACUCCUAAGACUCUGACACAAAUGUACACACACUUUCUCAGAUUUCAGAUCCAGCAGAGCAGACGAAAGUAUGAUGGAGAAUACACACCAGAUGUUUCCUGGGAUAAAGAUGCCAUCUAUUCACUGGGGAAACUGGCAUUUGAUCAGCUGGAAAGAAACAAUGUGAUCUUCUAUGACACAGAUCUGAAAGCCUGUGGUAUUGACGUCUAUAAGGCAUCAGUGUACUCAGGCAUGUGUACCCAGAUCUUUAAGGAGGAAACAGGGAUCGUUGUUGGUACCAUGUACUGCUUCGUUCACUUGAGCAUUCAAGAGUUUAUUGCAGCUCUUUAUGCACAUCUGUUUCUAGUCAUAAAGCAGAGAAGUAUAUUUGUUCAUGAGUCUACAGAACAUGAAAACAAAAGUGAAACCAUGAUUGAUUUGCUCAAGACUGCAGUGGACAAGGCACUAGAGAGUGAUAAUGGACACCUGGAUCUUUUUCUUCGAUUCCUCCUUGGUUUGUCACUCCAGUCCAAUCAGAGACUCUUACAGGGUCUGUUCACAGAGCGAAAUGGAAAUGACCAGAGCAAAAAAGAAAUAGUCCAGUACAUCAAGCAGAAAUGUGAAGCUGAUCUGUCUACAGAGAGAUCCAUCAAUCUGUUCUACUGUCUGAAUGAACUGAACGACCAAACUCUGGUGAAAGAGAUUCAGACCCACCUUAGCAAAGGAAGUCUCUCAUCUGCUGAUCUUUCACCUGCCCAGUGGUCUGCUUUGGCCUUUGUGUUGUUGACAUCAGAGGAGGAGCUGGAGGAGUUUGAGCUUCAGAAAUUCAAGAAAUCAGACGAGUGUCUCAUUAGAUUAUCAGCAGUCAUCAAAACCUCCAAAAGAGCUCUGUUAAAUGAUUGUGGCUUAACAGACAAAAGCUGUUCAGCUCUGGCUACAGUUCUUGGAUCAGAUUCCAGUCUGAAAGAGCUGAACAUGAACAAUAAUAAUCUGCAGGAUUCAGGAGUGAAGCUGCUCUGCACUGGACUGCAAAAUAUGAAGUGCCAUUUGGAGAUACUGAGGCUAAAUGAUUGUGGCUUAACAGACAAAAGCUGUUCAGCUCUGGCUACAGUUCUUGGAUCAGAUACCAGUCUGAAAGAGCUGAACAUGAGCAAUAAUAACCUGCAGGAUUCAGGAGUGAAGCAGCUCUGCACUGGACUGAAUAAUAUAAAUUGCAAAUUAGAGAUAAUGAGACUUUCAGACUGCAGUAUCACUGAAGAAGGUUAUAAAGCUCUGGCUUCAGCUCUGAGAUCAAACCCUUCACACCUGAUAGAGCUGGAUCUCACAGGAAAUGAUCCUGGACAAUCAGGAGUGAAGCAGCUCAGUGAUUUACUACAGGAUCCAAACUGUCAACUGAAGACACUGAGGUUUUUGGGUCCUGCUGCAGAUGAAGCCUGUCAGUAUGUGACUGGAAUUGUGGGUAAAAACCCGUUACUCCUGAGAGAGCUGAAUCUGAGUGAACAUGAACUAGGAGACACACGAGUGAAUCAGAUCGCUGCUCUACUGCAGGAUAAACACUGUCAACUCAACUCACUGAUUCUGAAUAACUGCUGUAUCACAGAAGGAGGUUGUCAUGUUCUGGCUGCAGCUCUAAACUCAAACCCUUCAAAUCUGACAGAGCUGGAUCUGAGUGAGAAUAAACUAGGAAACCCAGGAAUGAAGAUCAUCUUGACUCUGUUUGAAAAUGUACAGUGUAGACUGGAAAAGCUGAAGUUAAACUGCAUCAGUAUUACAGAUGAAGGUUGUGCUGCUCUGGCAUCAGCGUUUAAUUCAAACCUCAGAGAGCUGGAUCUGAGCAGGAAUCAAAUAAGAGACUCUGGAGUGACAGAAAUCUCCAGGCUGCUGAGAAAUUCACAGACACUACAGAUACUCAGACUUUCAGACUGCAGUAUCACUGAAGAAGGUUAUAAAGCUCUGUCUUCAGCUCUGAGAUCAAACCCUUCACACCUGAUAGAGCUGGAUCUCACAGGGAAUGAUCCUGGACAAUCAGGAGUGAAGCAGCUCAGUGAUUUACUGCAGGAUCCAAACUGUCAACUGAAGACACUGAGGUUUGUGGGUCCUGCUGCAGAUGAAGCCUGUCAGUAUGUGACUGGAAUUGUGGGUAAAAACCCGUUACUCCUGAGAGAGCUGAAUCUGAGUUUACAUAAACUAAGAGACACACGAGUGAAUCAGAUCGCUGCUCUACUGCAGGAUAAACACUGUCAACUCAACACACUGCUUCUGUAUGGAUGCAGUAUUACAGAGAAACAGUGUCUCAUCCUGACUUCAGCUCUGAAAUCAAACCCAUCACACCUGAGAGAACUGAACCUGAGCUGGAAUAAACUCGGAGACUCUGGAGUGAAACACCUCAGUGAUCUACUGAUGAACACACAAUGCAAGCUGGAGAAACUAGUUCUGUAUAGAUGCAGUAUUACAGAGAAACAGUGUCUCAUCCUGACUUCAGCUCUGAAAUCAAACCCAUCACACCUGAGAGAACUGAAGCUGAGCUGGAAUCAAAUAAAAAACACAGGAGUGAAUCACUUAUGUGACGUACUGAAGGAUUCACGCUGUAAACUGGAGAGAUUGAGUCUUCAUGGCUGUGGCAUUACAGAUGUUUCUUCUUUAACUCAGUCUUUGACAAACACAAAAGCUCUGCAGUUUCUAAAAGAGCUUGAUCUGAGACGCAAUAUGAUUAGAGACUCAAAGCAGCAGCUCAUUGAUGUGCUACGAGACUCAAACUGUAAACUGAGUGUAGAUACACAUCCAUAACCAGAAGUCCCUGAUAGAGAUCCAUCACCAAAAGAUGAUAAAUGCUGUAUAUCAUAAUUUGAAGUCGUCUUGAGAGGAGCAGUAAACAUCAGGUGAAGAUCCACAGAAGAGCUGCACUACUGCGUCUAUGAGGAGAAAUAAAUGUGUGAUAAAUGUGUAAAUGUGAUCCAUACACGUGAAGAGACUCAGACUUUACAAUGAAAUAAUGCAGCAUGUGUGUUAGAAACAUGAUAUUGAAUGAUUAAUGUUGCUUUAGUAUUCAAACUAAUGAUCAUUUUGUUUAAUUUAAAGCUGGAACAGAGGAAGAAGCUCAGAUGAGUCUGUCUGGCUCUUCAGUUUAAUAAUAUUUGUAUUAAACUCAUCCAUAAUUAUUCAGAUGUUUAAAUGUGAUUGUCAAGUGCAGCACUUAAAUGUAUCUAAAUAUAUUAAGCAAAUCUUCAAUGUGAAAUUUCCAUGUUACUUAAAACAUUUACAUGAUCUCUCUUAUAUUUUAUACACAUUGUUAUUCUGUUUGUUAUAUUAAGUUAGUUAUGUGUCUGUCUGUUGCUAACAAUCACAAAUCCUCUCAUUACAACAAAAGCAGAAACACAAUGUAAAUAAAAGAUGGAUUGUGCAGUUUUGACAGAUGAAUUGAUUAAAACGGGAGUUUUCACACACAGUGAGUUUGUGCUGAACUGACUGACAGCUUCAGUGUUUAUAAAUGCUGUGCCUUUUACUCGA